UCCCCACGGGACCCUCCCGCUGCGCCCGCCUCGCCACCGCUGCCGCCGCCGCUGCCUGGAGGACCCGACGCGGUGGCUGAGUUUCCCCCGCAUCUCACUUAGCAGCGCGAGUCUGACGCUUCGCUGCACUUGAUGCAAGAGGUCCGGCCAAGGCUGGCUUAUGAGAGCUCUUCGCGGAAGUGAGGUCGUGCUGUCCUGAAGACGCCCUGCCGCUGCCGCCAGGGAUCUCGGAGUGACCGCUGAUGGGCCCAGUCGGUUUACACAACAUUGGACAGACCUGCUGCCUUAACACCCUGAUCCAGGUGUUUGUUAUGAAUGUGGAAUUCACCAAGAUAUUGAAGAGGAUAAUGGUACCAAGAGGAGCUGAGGAGCAGAGGAGAAGCGUCCCCUUCCAGCUACUCUUGCUGCUGGAGAAGAUGCAGAACAGCCGGCAGAGAGCGGUGCAACCCACGGAGCUGGCCUGCUGCCUUCAGAAGCACAACAUACCCUUGUUUGUCCAGCACGAUGCUGCGCAGCUCUACCUCACAGUCUGGAACCUGAUUAAGGACCAGAUCACAGAUGUGGACUUGGUAGCGAGGCUGCAGGCCCUCUACACCAUCGGCGUGAAGGAGUCCUUCGUUUGCCUUGGAUGUACUGUGGAGACAGAAAGAACCAGCAGCAUGCUGACCCUCCCCCUCUCUCUUUUUGACAUGGACUCAAAGCCCCUGAAAACACUGGAGGACGCCCUCCGCUGUUUCUUCCAGCCCACGGAGCUAUCCAGAGAGGACAGGUGCUUCUGUGGGAACUGCGGGAGGAAGACCUGCUGGAAGCAGGUCUUGAUGCUGACCCACCUGCCCCGGACGCUGACCAUCCAUCUCAUGCGUUUCUCCAUCAAAAAUCUGCGAACAGAAAAAAUCUGCCACUCGCUGUAUUUCCCCCAGAACUUGGAUCUAUAUAAGCUCCUCGAGGUGGAGGGGGAGCCCUACGCUGCUGAGGCGCAGCGUGGGGGACUCUAUGAACUCUUUGCUGUGAUUGCCCACGUGGGGAUGGCUGACUUCGGUCACUACUGUGCCUACAUCCGGAAUUCUGUGGAUGGAAAAUGGUUCUGCUGCAACGACUCCAAUGUUUGUUGGGUGUCCUGGGAAGAUGUCCAGUGUACCUAUGGCAAUCACAGCUACCGCUGGAGGGAAACUGCAUAUCUCCUGGUCUACAUGAAGAUUGAAUCCUAAUGGAUGUACCGUAAACCUUUAGAUACCUACAGAGUAUCAUUUUCCUUUUCUGUUCCUGGAUCUGCAGACUCUUUUAAGAGAUUCUGUGGAACUUCCCUGGUGGUGCAGUGGUUAAGAAUCUGCCUGCCAAUGCAGGAGACACAGGUUCGAGCCCUGGUCCAGGAAGAUUCCCGCAUGCCGCGGAGCAAUAAGCCCGUGCGCCAUAACUACUGAGCCUGCUGCGCUCUAGGGCCUGAGAGUCACAACUAGAGAAAGCCCGUGUGCAGCA